AUGGGCGCGUGCGUGUCUAUCGACCGUUCGAACUCGAUCGACGGUGCGAGGGAUCCGCGCGUACCCCGAUUCGAGCGACCGCGACGGGCGGGAUUCUCCGGGAGGACCGCGGCGGACCUUCACCUGGACCGCAUCGACAUCGACGACGUCCGAUGCGUUGAAGGUGGGAACGGCCCCGACGGCCACACGACGGGCGAUCUCGGAGGCGAUAGGCGGGCGGAAGCCAAAGGCACGCGGAGUCCGAGGAAGGCCGUCGACGAGGAUGAAAUCGUGCAGAGCCCAUCGCGCGAGGAGUCCCCGCGAGCGGUCGCCGAAUUCGUCGGGGACGACGACUCGACCGAGGAUUCCGAGGAGCGGACCAUCCGGUGGCAGAGAGGCGAGCUCGUGGGUAGCGGCGGCUUCGGGCGCGUGUACGUCGGCCUCGACCUCGACACCGGGGGGAUGCUGGCGGUGAAACAAAUAGCAAUCGCUCCCAGGAUAUCCAGGAGCGUGCGACGCAUCGAGCAGGAGGUGGCGCUCAUGCGACGGCUCAAGCACCCGAACAUCGUGUCGUACUUGGGCACCGAGCGCACCAGGGAGGACGUGUUCACCAUUUUCAUGGAGUACGUCAGCGGCGGCUCGAUCCACUCGCUGCUGCAGCGAUUCGGGAGCUUUGGCGAGAGCGUCAUACGCGUGUACACGCGGCAGAUAUUGCUGGGGCUGGAGUACCUGCACAGACACCAGAUCAUGCACAGGGACAUAAAGGGCGCGAACAUCCUGGUGGAUAACCAGGGCUGCGUGAAGCUCGCGGACUUUGGCGCGAGCAAGAGGCUAGCGGAGAUUGUGACCGUCGACGGGGUGCACAAGAGCAUCAGGGGCACGCCGUACUGGAUGGCGCCCGAGGUUAUCAAGCAGACGGGACACGGGCGCCAGGCGGAUAUUUGGUCCGUGGGGUGCACGAUACUGGAGAUGGCGACGGGAAAGCCACCGUUCAGCGAGUUUGGCAGUCAGGUUUCGGCGCUGUUCCACAUUGCGUCGAGCACAGGACCGCCGCCGAUACCAGAGUUUCUCUCGGCGGAGGCGCACGAUUUCCUCAUUCUGUGCUUCAACAGGGUGCCCCGCGACAGACCGAACGCGACUCGGCUCCUUCGGCAUCCGUUCGCUGUCCCCGCGCCUUCUAGCGGUUCACCGACACCACCGAGGUGCUGCAAGAGGGCGUCAUGGAGUUCGUCAACACCAUCGGCAAGAUCGUCCACAUGGAGGUGCACCUUCACGGAGGAUCUGCAAACAAGAACAUCGGUGAUGCGUUCCUGCUCGUGUGGAAGUUUCCAAAGGAGAUCUCCCUCGCCGACGUGGAGAACCCAGAGCGGACGACGCCGGCAAAACGCGCGGUCAUAG